AUGACGGUAAACUUGAUGAGUCGGAUCAAGGACGAUGAGGAUGAGAUUGGCCAAGAUGACGCAGUCGAGGGAUCUGAGCAUCAGCGGCGACACACCUACAUGGAGGAAUACAAUCUCGCAGACGACCAUGACGUAUUUUGGGACUCUUAUGGCAGCAUCAACAGAUAUACUCCACUGAAGGAGCGCUUGUCUGCAUAUUCGUUCCGAACGUUGGACAACGAAGGAGAACCUUGGAAGCGUAACAACGAAGAGGAGUUGGACCACGCACGAAGGCAAAGUGAUGUAGCAGGAUACAUUUCGGAACCGAUGGGCCGACACGUGAGUCAGCACGACCAUCGCGGGCUGGCAGCCAUGGACGGCGACGAGGAUUGGAAGCGUGUUAGCCGAGACGGAACGUCGAUGGUACCGCUUGGUCUUGACGAGUCAGGGCCGAUGGGCCGACACGUGAGUCAGCACGACCACCGCGGGCUGGCAGCGAUGGACGGCGACGAGGAUUGGAAGCGUGUUAGCCGAGACGGAACGUCGAUGGUACCGCUUGGUCUUGACGAGUCAGGGCCGAUGGGCCGACACGUGAGUCAGCACGACCAUCGCGGGCUGGCAGCCAUGGACGGCGACGAGGAUUGGAAGCGUGUUAGCCGAGACGGAACGUCGAUGGUACCGCUUGGUCUUGACGAGUCAGGGCCGAUGGGCCGACACGUGAGUCAUCACGACCACCGAGGGCUGGAGACGCUGGACAAUGAUGCGGACUGGAAGCGCGUGGGCCGCGGGGAGACGGCGAUGGUACCUCUGUCCGUGGACGCGACGGCCUCGGGUGGUCAUGUGAGUCAUCACGACCACCGAGGGCUGGAGACGCUGGACAAUGAUGCGGACUGGAAGCGUGUGGGCCGCGGGGAGACGGCGAUGGUACCUCUGUCCGUGGACGCGACGGCCUCGGGUGGUCGACACGUGAGUCAUCACGACCACCGAGGGCUGGAGACGCUGGACAAUGAUGCGGACUGGAAGCGUGUGGGCCGCGGGGAGACGGCGAUGGUACCUCUGUCCGUGGAUGCGACGGCCUCGGGUGGUCAUGUGAGUCAUCACGACCACCGAGGGCUGGAGACGCUGGACAAUGAUGCGGACUGGAAGCGCGUGGGCCGCGGGGAGACGGCGAUGGUACCUCUGUCCGUGGAUGCGACGGCCUCGGGUGGUCAUGUGAGUCAUCACGACCACCGAGGGCUGGAGACGCUGGACAAUGAUGCGAACUGGAAGCGCGUGGGCCGCGGGGAGACGGCGAUGGUACCUCUGUCCGUGGAUGCGACGGCCUCGGGUGGUCAUGUGAGUCAUCACGACCACCGAGGGCUGGAGACGCUGGACAAUGAUGCGGACUGGAAGCGUGUGGGCCGCGGGGAGACGGCGAUGGUACCUCUGUCCGUGGACGCGACGGCCUCGGGUGGUCAUGUGAGUCAUCACGACCACCGAGGGCUGGAGACGCUGGACAAUGAUGCGGACUGA